ACAUUCAGAUCAGUGAGAGAUGGCUUGUGUUGCCUUGACUUCUCUGAUGGCUACCAUUGAGCUUGAAUUUUUGCAUCCCAACCACAGAGUGUCUCUUUGUCUUGAUGAUGAAAAGCUAUUGAAAUCUGUGUUUGAGAAGCUUUCUUCUAUGGAAGCCUUUGUGAAGGAAGAAUACAACAACGCUGUGGGUAGUGGUGCUCCAGUCCGACGACAUCUGCUAAACAAAAUCAGAGACUUUGCACUCAAAGCUGAAGAUGCCAUCGAAAUACAACUCACAAACAUCCUUCAACUUCAACAAAAAGCUGAUGAAGCGGAACUCCAUCUCCAUCGAAGUUUGCAAGAAGUAGCAAACGAGGCAGAAGAGUUGCUGAAGGUUAUCAACAAUGAAGUUGAAGCGGCUAACCAUCAUUCUCUUCCAUUGAUUGGUUGGUCAGAAGCUGCAGCUUCUCACCCUCACAACAUUAUUGCGUCGUCGGGUGGAUCCUUGCAAUGCUCUCCACAGUUUGAGGAGGAGAAGAAGGAUAUAAUAAUGCUUUUUGAUGACGAUUUCUUUUCAUUGAGAAGGCAUCUUAUCGUUGAUGAGUUAUGCCUAUAUCGAAGAGUACUCACAAUUUUUGGAGCCCCAGGCAUUGGAAAGACAACUCUUUGUAAAACACUGUAUACAGAUCGAAGGGUUGUAUCACAUUUCGACAUUCAAGCUUGGAUUACUAUCCCGCCAAGGCAUAAUAGGAAUGUGCAACAACUACUGCGCCACCUUCUUCAAUCAAUGAGGCCAACCCUCAAUGAAGAAAUUGACAUGGGAAGCACUUCUUCUCAACUAAAAGAGCAACUGCACAGACACUUGAAAUGCAAAAGAUAUUUAAUUGUUUUGGAUGAUGUCCCUAACACUCUGCUUUGGGAUGAUAUCCACCAAUUUUUUCCGGAUGACUCAAAUGGAAGUCGGAUAUUGCUAACCACUGUUUUUGCUGAUGUGGUUGAGUACAUCAUCAAAUAUUGGAAUAUCACCAAGAUCAAGUGCCUGCCUUACCUAAGUGACAAUGAGAGUUGGAAACUAUUUUCCCACAGAUUUUCUCUUAAACAGCGUAUGACAACUAAGUUUUUAGAAAUUGCUGAGCAUCUUGUUGAGGAAUGCGGAGGAUUGCCGCGCUCAAUUGUUACAGUUGCAGACCGUCUAUCUAAAUGCAACUACACAUUGAAAGAAUGGAAGAAGAUCGAGAAAGAAUUACUGUCAUUGGGAAUUCUGCAUAGAGAUAGACAACACUCAAGUAAGCUUACCAACAUUUACAAUCGUUUGCCACAACAUUUAAAAGUUUGUUUUUUAUAUUUUGUGGUCUUUCCAAAACACAGUCAAAUCAAUGUGAAAAGACUUAUUAAGUUAUGGAUUGCUGAGGGAUUUGUGAAGCCGUUGGGGUGUCAGUCAUUAGAAGAUAUAGGUUACAAGUAUUUAUGGGCUCUUAGACGUAGAGGACUAGUCAGAAUAGAGGCUGAGUACGGUUCAAGACCGAAGACUUGUUCCAUACAUAUUGACAUGCAUAGCUUUUGUGUACGAGAAGCUAAAAAAGAAGGUCUUUUAUGUGCAGCAAAUACUCAACAGUGUAUUGGAUGGUCAGUAGACAUACUCGCAAAUUCAUGUCGCUGGUUAAGUUUACGCUCACAUAGUUUGGACUAUCAUGCGUUGUUUAGUUCAAAUAUCCCUCGCUCCCUUUUCGUCUUUCAGGGAGGUUUUGAAAGGUUUAUACCUUUCAGACAUUUAAGAAUUUUAGAUUUCAGUAAAUUUCUAAUACUCAAAAGAGUGUCAUUAUUGCCCUUAAGGAAUUUAGUUUUUCUAAGAUACAUUUCCAUACCACAGUGGUUUGAGAGUUUUGAUGAUGUAGUAUCAAGUAAUUCAAAUUUGCAAACACUUACUACUGUUUCUGGCAUUGAUGAAUCAACACUUGGAGCACGUACUCUUCAUUUGUCAUCCAAAAUUUGGGAGCUGCAACAUUUAAGGCAUCUCAAACUUGGGGAUAUGUAUAUGAUAGACCCUCCAAACAUGGUUAAAGAGAAUUUGCAAACAUUAGUUUGUGCAAUGCCAAUUCAUUUUAGGAAAAAAGAAGUGUAUUAUUGCAGGUUUCCAAGCAUAAGAAAACUGGAAGUUGUGUAUAAAGAUGUCUUAGUGCCUGGUUGCAAUGGUGAGCGAUGUUGCAGAAAUCCUAUCAUCAUUCUGGAGAAUUUUGAGGAUUUAUUGAGGUUGGAGACUCUAAUGGUUAUGGUUCCAGUUGGUAGUAUAACCCUUUUAGAGCAGGUUGGUUUUCCUGUAAAUUUGAUGAAGCUGAGGUUGAGUGAGACUAAUUUUCCAGUAAAGGUUUUAACGGUGAUUGGGCAGUUACCGAAGCUUAAUGUGUUGAAACUAGAGAAUGCUUUCUAUGGCAAAGUGUGGGAAGUGGCUGAAGGAGGAUUCCCUGAAUUAGAAGAGUUGGAGGUUGAAUCCAAAAGUCUUGACCGAUGGGAGGCCAAUACUAGUAAUCAUUUCCCAAAGCUAAAAAAGAUAUUCUUAAAACGUUGUUAUUCUCUAGAAGAGAUCCCUCUUGUAGGUGUAAUAAAGCACUUGUUGUUGUCAAUUACGUUGGAAAAAUGUCCUCCUUCUAUUGCCACUUCUGCCAUGAGGUAUCAAGAAGAGAUGAGAUGGUACCACGGAAUUUGGGAAUCUUGUGUUAUUGUUGACGGCAAGGAAUUCUUUUUCAAGAAGAUAGGGGUGCCGUGCUCUCAUGAAAACCAGUAUUGGCGGUAUUAUUGACGUUAUUGUUGACGGCAAGAAUGAGGGGGCCGGUAAAGAAAGGUGGAACAAUGCUUAAUUUGGUGUAUUUUUUAUUAAAGGAAGAAAAGAUCGAGUAAUGGUGCAAGCAAGCAUGAAAGGAGGUUAAUCUUGGGAGAAAAUGUGACAUUAGGACACAAGGCAAGAACCAAAGGGCACACCGAGAAACGAAGGAGCAGAAUGGUAGCGUGAAGGCAAUUUGGGGGAGCUCACAUUGGCACUCACACUGUGAGUGUCAGUGAGUUCUUUGAUUGGAUUUCUGAACAGGAGACUCACAGUGUGAGUGUGCUGAUCAGAUUCUACUCCUUGAGCCUCACGCUAGCACUCGCACUGUGAGUACCCGCGUGAGUCUCAAUGAUCAGAAUCUGAUCAUUUAGACUCACGGUGGGACUCACACUGUGCGUCCCACCGUGAUUCUCGUCGAGUGGGCUGCGAUUUUGUGCGAGCUUUAAACUAUAAAUAGCUUGGAGUAGUUAUUUUGUGGGCACUUUUUUU